CUAUUAAUUAGGCCCGUUCAGUCCCGUCACACAAACCCCAUUAUUUUUGUGGGCCUCAGCCCAUAACGCCCAUAACCCAUUUCCCCCAAAUUCUCAUUUCCACUACUCCCUGCAAUUCACUUCACUUCCAUUCUUCAAAAUACCAAAUUCCAAUGGCAGAAGCAGAAUCCGAAGCGCUGCGCCUCAAGGCCAUGGCGGAGUCCAAGUUCAAAGCCUCCAACAACGCCAAAUCCGCUCUCAAGUACGCCAACCGCGCCCACCGCCUCUGCCCGCACCUCGCCGGCGUGCCGGAGACCGUCGCUGCCCUCUCCGUCCUCGCCGCGCCGGACUGGUACCGCGCCCUCGGCGCCGAGCCCUUCGCGAGCAGCAGCGUCAUCCGGAGGCAGUACAAGAAGCUCGCGCUGCUCCUCCAUCCCGACAAGAACCCCCACGUGGCCUCCGAGGAUGCCUUCAAGCUCCUCGGCGAGGCCUUCCGCUUUCUCUCCGACAGAAACCGCCGCCGCGAGUACGACGCCGAGCUUCGACUUAAAAUCGAGGCGGCGGAGAGUGAGAGCGAGACAUUCUGGACUGCUUGCUCCACUUGCAGGCUCCUGCACCAGUUUGAGAGGAGGUACUUGGGGCAGGAAUUGGUGUGUCCGAGUUGUGAGAAGGGUUUUAGGGCUGUGGAAGCGGUUCAGAGUGAUGAUGAUGGGGAUGUUAGGGUUAGGAGUAGGAGGUUAAAGUUGAAAGAGAUGGAGAAGAGGGAAAUUGGGGUGGAAGGGAAAGUGGGGAAUGCGAAGGAAGGGAGAUUGGGGAAGAGAAUGUGUUCGGUUGGGGAGGUUUUGGAGAGGGCUAAACCUAGUAAUAGUAAGAGGGUUAAAAAAAAUGGGGAGGAAAUGAUGACAUUGGCUGAAUUCCAGAGUCAAGUGAAGAGAAAAUUGCAGGGGGAAAAGUUGAAGGCAAAAGGAAAUGAAAAGGAAAAGGAGAAGGAGGAUGGAAUUGAGAAGAGGAGAAACCGGGCGGAGAGGCGGCAGGGAUUGAGAAAUAAUGGAGGUUUAGAGGUUGGGGAGGUGAGGGGUUUGAAGAAGAGUGUGAAGCCUGCGAUUGAGGAGAAGAGGAAGGGGUUGAGAAUUGAGAAGCAUAGGGGGGGUUCUAGUGGAGGGGAUUUGGAGGAUAUGGCAGUGGUGGAUUCGGAUUUUUAUGAUUUUGACAAAGAUAGAGUGGAGAAAAGCUUUAAGAAAGGCCAAGUAUGGGCGGUGUAUGAAGAUGAGGAUGGAAUGCCGAGGAAUUAUGCCUUGAUUGAUGAAACUGUCUCGGUGAAUCCCUUUGGAGUGAGGAUAAGUUGGUUGGAUGUACAGAACAGUGGGGAUGGGAGGAUAGUUAGUAGGGAGAAAAUUGGGUUUCAUAUACCUUGUGGGAGAUUUAAGGCUACCAGGAAGGCUUCUGUAAAUUCGGUGAAUAUCUUUUCUCAUGUUGUGGAUUGUGACAGGGCAGCGCGCGAGCUUUACAAAAUUUACCCCAAGAAGGGAUCGGUAUGGGCGCUUUAUGGGGAGGGAAGUAUUGAUGUGGAUGAGGGCAAGGGAUGCUAUGACAUUGUCGUGUUUUUGACGAGUUACAAUGAGGUGAAUGGUCUGAGUAUGGCGCAUCUUGAGAAGGUUGAUGGUUACAAGACAGUAUUCAAGAGACAGGAGAAGGGGAGUGGUGCUAUUAGAUUUCUUGGGAAGGAUGACAUGUGGUUAGUUUCACAUCAGAUUCCUGCACGGAAGCUUCUUUGUGAUGAAACUCCUGAACUGUUGAAAGAUUGUUGGGAACUUGAUCCUGCUUCACUUCCUUCAGAUUUACUUACUAUUGGUGGAUAGAUAAUUGAGGUUACGUAAUCUUUUUGGUGAUAGACUGAAUUUUGAAAGACUAUUUGGAAUUUGAUGGUUGAUGACUUCGUAUAUACUUACUAUUGGGUGGCUUAAAUUGAUGACUUUGGAAACUUGUUAUUAGGAAACCUGACUGCUUUGUAAAGCUUAAAUUUGUUAAAUCUGUAGAUUAAAGAGAUAUACAUGAAUUACUCUUAUAUUCUGCUGGAUUAAACUGUUCAUCAACACUAUAAACUAGUUACUAUCGCUAAAUCAUGCUGAUGCUUUAUUCAGUCUCCACUGGUUGGGAGAAAGUGUUAAAAAUGUAUGCACUUAUUAUUACCUGUGAAAGAAGUCCUGUGUGGACAAUAUGACAGACUGAUAACAUUUUAGUUCUCUGCAGUUCUCUUCAAGAAACAUUUUCACUAAAACAGAAUCUGAUUCUGUGAACAAAAUUCUGUUCUAUGGUCCAACUUCUUGUUGAUAGAUCAGUCAAUCAAAUAUAUAUAUAAGUGGACUCAGUGGUUGCUCAUUUGCUCCAACUGAUUGACUUGUAGCCUAAAUGUAAUCUUCCUUUUUUAUGGUUUCAUUAUGCCUUCUUUAUGACAUUUUAUCAUUUGUAGUUAAUCUAAACUCAUCUUCUUUUGUCUCUAUCAUCAGUGAGAUGCCAAAAGCUUUAAAAAGGAGGUGGGAACAUGUGCAUUUUAAUUAUAGUUUAGAAACUUUAUUGUAUCAAAUUGUAUUCAAAUCAUGGUUGAGCGAGCUUUUUUAAAUGCUCUAUAUGAUAAUACACAUAAGGGUCCAUGAUCCAUCUAGUCGCUUCAGUUUUAUGGUCUGUUUCUUCUUUGAGACACAACUGUAGUUCUUUAUUUACAAUUGCCAUCUUCUAGCUCCCUGGCUUUGAGGAAGGAAUGCUCAAUAUGAGCUUCUUGAAUUUCUUUCUUUCACCACUAUACUGAGUGCUUUGUAAAUGAUUAUCUUGGAAAAUUAAAAAAAGGAUUAGCUGAAAGAUUCUUUUUGAUAUAUGGCUUUUUUUUAUUGAAAGCCUUUUAGGUUCACUUGAGUUACAUUACAGUAGCUUAAAAUGAUUUAUUUCUAUAUAACCAUUUUACAGAUUUGUUAAUUGCAAAAUUCUAGGUUUUUCCCCAUACUUCAGAGGCAAAAUUUGCAAUGGCUGUUGUGUGGACAAUGUAUUUCAGUUAAUAUAUCUUUCCAGUUUGAGGCACAAAUUCUUGAGCCUAAUUUACUUGAACUACAAUCCUCUUAAUUGUGGUAAGUUGAGUUAUGACUUGAUAUUGCUUAAGGAAUUAGAUAGUCUAGGACUCAAGGGUAAACCAUUGGUCUUUGUUCUAAUCUCCGUUUGGUCACUCUUUUACAUUUCCUAAAUGAUUGCUGUAUUUGGUUUUCACACACAAUCAAAUUAUAUUACCUUUUUAUUA